AUGGAUGCACCAGUGCUCUAUGCUGAAUUACAUUUAGCCAACACCCAAGGGCUCAGGUGUACAUCACCUCCAUCUCCCCGACAAGAUGCCUGUUGGGGAUCAGGCUGGCACCGGGUGGCUCUGAAACUUGGCUGUGUUGGGCUGAUCCUUCUUCUAAUGGGACUCAGUGUCUUAGUGGGAUUCUUGGUGCAAAAACCACCAAUAGAAAAAUGCAGUGUGGCUGUUCAAGAGAACAAGACUGAACCAACAGUGAGAUCAACCAUUCUAGAGUGCCCAAGAGAUUGGCAUUUGCACUGGAAUAAAUGCUUAUUUAUUUCUCAAACUUCCAGACCUUGGGCUGAAGGUCUCGCUGACUGUUCUUUGAGAGGAGCCACUUUGCUGCUCAUUGGAGAUGGAAAAGAAUUGAAAUUAUUGCAGGACUUCUCAAAGGGAAAAGGACAACAAUUUUUUAUUGGACUAAAAUAUGUACAAGAGGACAAGGUUUGGAAGUGGAUGAAUGGUUCUAUUUUAAAUACUAAUCUAUUACGCAUCACCGGCAAGAACGAAGAAAACAGCUGUGCCCUCAUCUCACACACAGAAGUGUUUUCAGAUUCUUGUUCUUCAGACAACCAUUGGAUCUGCCAAAAGACCCUGAAACGUGUCUGA